AUGCUUGCCGAUUCCAACGAAGGCUGUUCUCCAGUCCCGGACCAUCAUCCUCCCGUCUCUCGUCCUUCACCACCUGCAUGGAGACCUCCCGGGUCGUCGCCGCUCCUCGCUCUCCCGACUGAACUGCAGCUCGCAAUCUACGAGAUGGUCUUGAUUUACCCCCAAACCCUCUCCAUCAACCACCUCUCAGGCAACAUCCUCCGCGACAUCCACGACACCACCGAAUUGAUCCCUCAGCACUACGCCCUGACCCAAGUCUGCACCUUCGUCCGCGAUCUGACCAAUCCAAUCUUCUACUCACGCAACCGCUUCUCCGCCGAACUCGUCCUAGACUGGGGUUUGGAGCCGAUGGUGAAAUGGCUCGGCGGCCUGGGUGUGCAGAAGCGCCUCUGGGUCGGAUCGCUGUCUUUCUUCCAUGAGGGCCUCGCCUGGCAGCUGGUCGAGUACAGGCUGCUGAGGGAAAUUUUCCGAUCACCGAUCGUUCGGGACAUGUAUGGCAAACUCCUGCAUAAGCCGGUCAUCCACAUCUUGGAGCAUGUUUGGUUGGAGACCGGUUUUGCGAGGCACGAGCUCGUCUUUGCGAUCGAUCCUGUCGAGGAUGGAAGGCCGGAUUGGACUGAUGCGCUGGAGACUUUGUUCAUGCCGAUGUCACCCUCGCGCUGA